AUGUGCCGGCAGUGCCUCCGCAACGCCCUGCGCGACCAGCUCUCCCCCAGAUUUACUCGACUCCAGCCGCCUCGUACUCCUCCUUCCCCUCUCACUGCGCGCCGAGCCGCCUCAUCGUCGACAACAGAUGGCGCCAGCAGCGGCAGAAAGCCCAUCGUGCUCGAGCAGCCCGAUAAGUUCCGGCCGCCCUCGCAUCCCGCGCGGCUGGGUCGUCCGCGUCGGUCGCCCGCGGCGUACAACCAGGGCGCGACCACGGAGGAGAAGGAGAGGCAGAAGAGCAAGUCGUACCCGCACAUGUUCCCCAACAAGGGCUCCUUUAUGCACUGGUUCUUGACGGAUCGGUGGAUUCAUCUGUGGAUCACGAUGGGCACCCUCACCAUCCUCGCCUGCAUCACCUUUACGCAGUCGUUCAUGCGGACAUCGCCCUACGCACACCUGAUCCCGCCGAUCUCCUCGUUGCCCCUCCACCCCAUCACCUACGUGCGUGAGACGCUGUCGGUCGUGCGCCUGCACAUCGACUACGAGACGGCCAAGACGAACGAGUCCCGCCAGCAAAAGAUCCUCGACGCCCAGAAACGCAGGCUGUACCGCCGCGCGCACGGCCUCGAGGACCUCAACGCCGACGAGGACCAGGGCAUUGACGUGCGGGGACUGGUGCCCUGGGACGACGGCCUGACGGCCAAGGAGCGCGAGAAGGGCGGCCGCGACAUGGUCCUCACGGGCGCCGAUGUCAUUGCCCUCGGCGGCGACGUGGCGGGUAGUUCUGGAGGCGUGCUCGGAGCUGGAGCUGCAUCGGCAGAGGACGAUGUCGACGAAUUCACCCGCAAGCUGGAGACGGAGCAGGCAGACCGCGUCAGGCUGAUCAAGGAAAAGGGCGUGGAUGCCGUGGUCAGGGCCGAGGCCGAAGCGAGAGCCAGAGGCGUGAGUGUGCAAGACGUGCUCCGCACCCAAAGCCAGGAGAUUCAGGACGACAUUAUCCAGCAAUCAUCGCCGCAGCAGCCGCAACAGCAGCGGAAGAGGAAACUGUGGUUGGGUAUCUGGUGA